AUGUCUCCUUCAAUACCAUCCAAAAUGAAGGCCUGGAUUUACAACGAGUACGGUGGCCUUGAGGUGUUGAAGUUUGUGUCAGAUGUUGGCGUGCCGGAAGUGAAGGAUGAUCAGGUAUUGAUCAAGGUGGUGGCAGCGGCACUUAACCCUGUUGAUUUCAAAAGGCGGCUGGGGAAAUUUAAAGCUGUUGAUUCACCUCCUCCUACUGUUCCAGGCUAUGAUGUUGCUGGUGUGGUGGUUAAAGUUGGUAGUCAAGUAAAAGGUCUUAAAGAAGGAGAUGAAGUAUAUGGAGACAUAAACGAAAAUUCACUGGAACAGCCAAAACGAUUCGGUUCAUUGGCCGAGUACACGGCUGUUGAAGAAAGAUUACUGGCUCUGAAGCCCAAGAAUCUUGAUUUUGUACAGGUUGCUAGUCUCCCUGUGGCAAUUGAGACUGCCUAUGGAGGUCUUGAAAAGGCAGGAUUUUCUGCCGGAAAAUCCAUACUCGUCUUUGGAGGUGCUGGUGGAGUUGGAUCCCUUGUGAUCCAGCUUGCAAAACAAGUGUUUGGUGGUUCAAAAGUUGCCGCUACUUCAAGCACAAGAAAACUGGAAUUUGUGAAAAGCUUGGGUGCAGAUUUGGCUAUUGACUACACCAAGGAGAACUUUGAAGAUCUACCAGAAAAAUUCGAUGUCGUUUAUGAUGCUGUAGGGCAAGGAGAUAGGGCCUUGAGAGCGGUGAAGGAAGGCGGCAGUGUAGUAGUCAUCUCUGGUGCAGCAACACCACCCGCUUUUUACUUUGGGCUAACUUCAAAUGGAGAAAUAUUGAAGAAACUAAAUCCAUUUCUGGAGAGUGGGAAGGUGAAGCCGGUGCUCGACCCGAAGGGACCAUACCCUUUCGAUAAGGUUAACGAAGCUUUUGCUUAUCUGGAAACAAACCGAGCCACCGGAAAGGUGGUCAUAUUUCCGAUCAAUCCGUGA